AUGUCGAACCUCAUUUCAAUCGCCACACCCCUGCGACAGUUUAAAGGUCACGAAGCAAGCGUAGCCGCACUCGCAGUUUUUCCCGAUAAACGACGGAUAGUUACGUGCUCAUGGGACAGGACGCUUCGGUUAUGGGACUUGAAGACAGGUGUUGUGUUGAAGAAGAUGGAGCAUUGCACUAUGGUGCGGAGAUUGGCGGUAUCACGAGAUGGGCAAUUGAUAGCAAGCAGUGAUCAUAAUGGAGAGGUCAUCAUCUGGCACGGAGAAACUCUUGAAUCACUCACCGAAUUCGAAGCCCACUCUUAUUUGAUCAGCUCGCUGGAUUUGUCUCCCGAUGGCACAAUGCUGGCCACUGGUUCAUAUGACGAGGGAAUGACGAAACUGUGGAAUACCAAAACCUGGCAGGUGCAAGGAGAUCCAAUCGAGUGUGGUGAUUCUCUCAAUUGUGUACGGUAUUCACCGUCUGGAGAACUUCUUGCCAUCACAACGGACAACGAUAUCCAAAUUUACAAUUCAGGCACGAGGAAACGCGUCGCAUCCUUCAAGGGUCACACAGAAUACAACAGCUCACUCGCAUGGACGCCCGAUGGCACACGCAUUCUCACAGGUGGCUCUGCGGGUGAUCCUACCAUACGCGAAUGGGAUACAACAAAUUGGAAGCAGAACGUCCAUCUCUGGCAGCUCUCAGACCGACAAACCAUUGCCAUAUUCAAGCACCCAUCCGUUUCGACAUGCGUCACCUUCUCCGUGGACGGUAACCACAUACUCAGCGGAGAUGCCGAUAACAUGAUCUCAGAGUGGGCAGUACCUCAGGGUAUUCAUCCAAAGAUUCUCGCCAUCACAACAGCCCGCGAUGCAUGCAUAGAUGGGGACUUGUCUGCCGCCGCCGAACUACUUGCCCAAAAUAUCAACACCGAUCCUAACAACCAUACUUCCUACGCUCAUCGCUCAUUUGUUAUGGCGCGAAAACACGACUGGGACCACGCCCUUCAUGACGCAAUCAAGUCCAUCAGCAUUCAACCCUCAUUGACAGGCUAUAUCUCCAAGGGUAUUGCCCUCUGUGGAAAAGGCCGUGUCCAGGAUGCGAGGGCAGCAUUUGAUGUUGCAUCAAUGUAUACAGACCAAGAUUCACAGAUCCUCCAUUUCCUGCUCUUGAUCAAAGUCAUCGCGCUUUUCAACGCAAAUCAACAUGACGAGGCAAACCUGCUCCUUAGAGAACUCACUUCCGGCUGUCCAAAUGCCGACACUCGCGCAUGUCAUACCGUGGAAGCAUAUCUACGUGUUCAACUCGGACUCAAAGCCUUGGAUGGCGCAUGCCACGAUGAAGCCGCUGACCAUUUCACUGCCGCUCUCGAUACCAGCAAUUUAUCAUCAAAAUCGGACAUUCAUGAAAUUUAUGAGGAUUUGGUGGUGCUCUUCGGCUGGGAUCUCAAAUUGUUGUGGCUCACUGCGCACCAGAAACGGUGCCAGGCUUUCCUUUCCUCGGGCAAAGUCGAUGAAGCUCUCGAAUCACACAAAUCUAUGGUAAACAACAUUGACGAAACGACAAAGGCCAGAUGCCUUGACUGGUCCACUGGCAAUGCCCUCUUUCUUGUCAACGGAGAUACUGUCCUCGCUGCAGGCGAUUAUGACAGGGCUAUUGACCUUUACUCUGUGGUGAUCGACUUGAAUUCCGCAUCUGAUGUCGUCUUCGUAAAGCGCAGCAAGGCAAGGUUGGGAAAAAUGCUAUGGAUGGAAGCACUCCUUGAUGCGCAGAAGGUCACCGAACUCAACUCUUCGUCUUAUCUCGGAUACAGUUUGAAGCACGCAGCGCUUCAUGGUGCACAACGCUACGAUGAAGCGAUACAGGCCUUUAGAAUCAUGCUCUCAAAAUUAGAUAAUGCUCACGACACCGAGACACGAAAGUUGCGCCAGCAGUAUCUCGGUCCAUUCGAAGUGGACCGUGAUAUUCGAAAGGCCAUCAAUGCUCAACUUGACAAUACUCCGCUACGUGUACUCGACACUACCACUGGUCUCUUAUGCGAUCGAGAGGCGCAGAUACGCAUCUUCAAAAUGAGCAAAGAGUACAAGGAGCUUGUAUCAUCAACAAUCACGCAUUCGGACUUCCGAAUGAAGCGCAUCAAAGAAGUGGUGAUGACGUACUUCCAAUAUGCCAUGCUGUCGCACAGGUGGGAAGGGAAGGAGCCGCUGCUGCAGGAUAUCCAAGGCAAGGUCGUCUAUGAGUUGGGUCCAGUUGGUGGCAUCACAAAAUUGCAGUCCUUCUGCAAAACUACUCGCGAUCUGGGAUAUCGCUGGGCAUGGAGCGAUACAUGCUGUAUCGACAAGAGCAACAGUGUUGAGCUCCAAGAAUCGGUCAACUCCAUGUUCAUCUGGUAUCACCACUCCGCGCUCACAGUCGUAUACCUCUCGGAUGUUCCACCUUCGUCAAAGUCUGGCGCGCUGGCAAAGAGCGCUUGGAACACACGCGGAUGGACUGUUCAGGAAUUCCUCGCUCCCAAUGUUAUUUUAUUUUACCAGAAGGAUUGGACUCCUUAUCUCAGCGAUCGCACUCCAAACCACAAGGAUUCCGUUGCCAUCAUGCGGGAGUUAGAAUACGCGACAGGCAUAGAUCGACGAGCCGUCGUGGCCUUCCGUCCCGGGAUGAGAGGCGCCCGAGAGAAACUUCAGUGGGCGUCGACACGUAUUACCACAAUGCAAGAAGACAUCGCAUACUCGUUAUUCGGCAUCUUCGGUAUCACCCUACCUGUCAUUUAUGGCGAGAAGAAGCAGAGCGCACUCGGGCGGUUCCUGCAAGAAAUCAUAGCUCAGUCGGGCGACAUUACUGCCCUGGACUGGUCAUUGGUCUCCUCGCUGCGAGGUGGUAUGGCUCUAGAGACGGCUUCGAUAUUGUAUCAGACAGUUGAUUACAUGAGCGCUCCCCGUUUUGCGUACCGUCGGUUGCAUUUGCCUUGCAUCGUAUUUCCAGUCACAGAUGCUAUGCGAGGGCAAAGUCGAGACCAGGACACAUAUACAUAUGACCUCAAAUCAAAUGGGCUUCAUGACCUGCAGAUUGCCACGGCAGACAAGUUGAUCCCAUUCUCGCGCGCAAGGCCGCCGCCCGCCUGGCAGACAAUCUUGCUUGUUCGUCCAUGGAGCCGCGAUCUCCUGGAGUUGUAUGACUCUGCAGACGAUGCACACAGCGUGGUACUUGAGACCAUGCCCAAGUCUCCGUCGCACGAUUCACUUCCUGCACAAACUGAGCCGAUUUAUUCGGAAUCUCACUCGCGAGCAUUGCGAUUGAUCGUUCGCCUUGGACAGCCUUUUAGUGCAUUAUUGCUAGCGCGGCAGCGCAACGGAGAAUUCAAGAGGAUUGCAUCCGAUCAUGAUAUCAUUGCACAGGUUGAAGACAUGGCUUCGAUUAGGUACUUGAUGGACAUUAGGACGCUAGAGAUAGUGUAACUGUAUGAAUGAAUCCUUUCGACAAUCUCAUACCUGUUCCUGGAU